AGGUAUGAGGGGACAGCUCCUGAGGUCACUCGUCUCCCUGAUGAUCACCCUCCUCUGUGUGGGGACCCUGCUCACCACCCUCAUUUGGUACGUGCUCAACGACAACAAUGUGCAACCUCAAAAAGUGCCUGCUCAGAAAAAAAGUGCCCCCCAGCCCUCCGACCCCUGUAAAGGCUGCAGGGAAAUCAUCGACAAAGUGCUACAGCGUUACUCUCCAACCUGGAAGAGGCGAGAGGACAAUUACCAAAAAUUCAGGUCUCAGCUCAGCAGCAAGUGCCAUGGGUUUGACAAGGCCAUUAUCACCCAGGCCAACACUCCAGUGGGGCACAAGCUGGUGUACGACGGUGAGAAGAGGAGGAGCCUGCAGGUGACCCCGGAGGUUUUCAGCACCUUCACGAAGGAGCGUCCUUUCUCUAAUAAAACAUGGGACACGUGUGCUGUGGUUGGGAACGGAGGGAUCCUGACCAACAGCAGCUGUGGGCAGAUGAUCGACUCAGCUCAGUUUGUCAUCAGAUGCAACCUACCUCCUCUGCAGAACGGCUACGAGAAACACGUGGGCACCAAGACCGACCUGGUGACAGCAAACCCAAGCAUCCUCGUGGAGAAGUACGGGGCUCUGAUGGGGCGUCGGCGUCCGUUUGUGAAGAGCCUGCGCAGCUACGGAGACUCCCUCCUGCUCCUUCCCGCCUUCUCCUACGGCCACAACACGCCCGUGUCCCUGCGGGCGGCCUACACCAUCGAGGACUUUGAAAGCCCCACACGGCCCAUCUUCUUCAACCCUGAGUACCUCCACAGUCUGGCUGUCUUCUGGCGCUCCCAGGGCCUCAGAGCAGUGCGGCUCAGCACCGGCAUUAUCAUGGCAAGCCUGGCGCUGGAACUCUGCAGCAACGUGCAUCUGUACGGGUUCUGGCCUUUCAGCAAUCACCCACAUGGCCUCCGCGCCCUGACUAACCACUACUACGACAACAGACAAACGAAAACGAAAUUUCACGCCAUGCCGGCAGAGUUUGACCUCUUGUUGCGGCUGCACAGUCAGGGCGCGCUCAGGCUUCACCUGGGAGACUGUCCACCUGGUGAAAAGUAGUUCCCUGGUUCCGGGAAUGACACCAAAGUGCCUUCUUUAUAUUACAUUACAUGUCAUUUGGCUGAUGCUUUUGUCCAAAGCGACUUACAAUUAUUACACUCAACAUUCAUGAGGGGCCAUUUAGGGGUUCAGUAUCUUGCCAAGGACACUUCGGCAUGCAGAUGGGGAAGAGUGGGAUUUGAACCGGCACCCUUCUUGUUGCAGAACCACCACUCUACCACCUAGGCCACACCGCCUUCUCACGACAAAGCCAAUCCCAUUGCAUGCACUUUCAGUUGAAUGGAUGGAUCUAUUGUGGCUGAUGACAAGUGCAAGCAAAGUGGGUGCUCGGAACGCAAAAUGCAACAGACUGUAAAUGCUUCCAAACCUUAUGGUGUAUGUAUGACUGUAUUUAUUAACACAAACGCUCCAGCUGGAGUCUGGAGGGAGUAUUUUUUAACUGAGAAGCCUUUUUGAGGCCUUUGUGAGCGUCUACAUUUUAGUGCCUUAUGCCAAUCAUCCAGUAGUGACUGUUAUAUAUAUCUGACCAUGGGAGCGUUAGAUCUACCUGAAUGUAUUUUGAAGAAGAUCAACAUGAAGACUGUCUGGCUGCAAAAACUUGAAAUGAAAAAACACCAGCACACUGAAUGUAAAGACUUUUUUUUUUCUUUUUUGUUUAAAGGACAUUUCACCUUUAACCACUCUGAAAAGUACUCUUGUAACCGAGGUUACAAGAAGUAUGUGUUUCUCGCACACGUAGAUUACACAGAUGCUGUUGCUGUUUGUGGAAGUUUCACUCCACACCGCUGAAACUGAUGCUGGAUACGAUUCACUAAUGAAGUGAAGGGGGUCGUGCCCCUGUAGCCUUUUGUACAAACCACAGAGGAUCGGUGAGGCUCGGAGCCAAGGCCCGAACAGAGAAGCCACAGAAACAGAGAGAGAGAGAGGGGAAUUAUAACACUAGCGAACACACGGUUGCUAUGGUGAGCUUGCGUUACAGCGUGUUACCCCCUUGUCACCGUGGCAACCACACAGGAAUACGUACUGUCACAAAGUGGCCACAUAUUGGUACAACGUUGUUUUUGGUUGUUGCUGUCGAUGACAAAUCAAUGUAGAAUUCACCGCCUCCAAUGCGAAGUGAUACAAUGACUGUGAACUGUGCACUUUGGGUGAAAUCUGUUGCUGACAACCGGUGGCUGAGGUGUCUACACAAACACACGCACCAAGUCUUACCAGUGAGAAAGUGGCGCGCAAGCUGAGGAUGAACUCUCGGCGAGCCUGUUGGAGAAUCCUGUCUUGAUUUUUUUGUUUUCUUUGCGAAGUCGAGAGGGGAAAAUGAAGUUAAAGUGAAUAAAUAUUUAUCAGAAAAAAGUUGCUUGUAAUCAAUGACUCGAAGGGAAAACCUUUUCCCCGUGACGGCUCAGUGUCUUUGAGCCGUUAAGUGCCUGAAACCUGCCACGAUGUGUCACUAGAAUUCAGUAGUUCUACUCGCAAGCAGCACAGUGAGUGCUUCAGAGGAACGACAUAUGAUCCAGUACUUUAAUAUCAUCAUACUUUCAUAUGCAUUCUUGUAUCGAUUCUCUUGUUUUUGGUUCACUACUUAUACCGUUUUGUAACCGGAUGUAAAGACAUGUGCAGAUGUAUUUGCAAACACAUGAAGAAAGAGUUAUGUUCCUGUUCAUCAUUAGGCCUCUUGUUUUCCCGUACAGCUGUGAUAUCAGUGGCGUGCACUUUACUGCACUCUGCUGCAGGGCAUCAUCCCACACUUGCUAUGUGCACAACACAUGAGAACAUCUGGAUGAUGCCGUGACAUAAACAAGACAACAAGGACAAAACGUAACCAAAAGAAGGAAUGAUAAAUACUGGGUCAUUUUUAGUUCUCUUCUUCUGUUCUUAUUUUUCAAAUUCAUUGUAACAUGUUGUGCGCAGCGUCUCUGCCUGGGGUCAGUGCAUCUGGCCAAUUAGGCCAUUAAUGGGAAGAGUUGUGUGUUUCUUUAUAGAGGAUGGAGGCUGCCACAAGUUGCCAUCGCUGACAUUAUGGUCAUGAGGAAUCCACUUUUAUCGGCAGUGACCUCGUUGUAGAUCCAGCUGCAGCACUGGGCUUGUUCCCACUGACUCAUCUCUCCGGGGAACGGCUUCUUUUUUCUUUUUUCAAAACAUACUGUCCAGCUCUUUUCAUCUUCAUACUGUUUUCAAUUCCCACGAACACUGAAUGACUGCAUCAUCGAGCUGGAUUCUGUUAUGUUAAACCAGUGGCUACUUGAAACACUCACUGCAGAUGCUCUGUCUAAUCAAGAGCUGAGCUUCAGCUGUCAUCCGCUGACAAACAAAAGCAGCCCCGGCUGACGUGAGCCAAAGUGGCGUCCCCUCAGUCUCCUGACAGUGACGCAGCAUCAGCUCGUGUGUCUGUUGUUCCCCUGAUAGGACUGCAGAGACCCCCCCUCUCCACCAAUUAGAAUCAGAAUCAGGAGCGUAUUUCACACAGACAAGAUGAGCAGGACAACACUGCCAAGGGUGUGAAGCCUUUCAUUCAUAUCUUUUUCUUUUCUGGAUCCAAAACAAAAAGAUGCAGAGACUUAAUUCAAUAUGU